UUGUUUCGUGUGCUGCAGCGCGGGAGUUUCAUUUUCCUGCCUCGUUUUGUUUACACAGCAAAUUUUAUCCCGUCAAAAAUGUAUUUUUUUCGUUUCGACGUAAAUUAUAUGCUAUUUCUCUAAUUUACACUACUCCUGAGACACCAAUUUCCAGCUGGACACAGAAUGGCUGCGACUCCAGUAGACUACACCAUAGGAGGGGUGAAAAUAAACUUCCCCUGCAAAGCUUAUCCCUCUCAGCUGGCCAUGAUGAAUUCAAUCAUUCGUGGACUUAACCAAGGAAAGCACUGUCUAUUGGAGAGUCCUACUGGCAGUGGGAAGAGUCUUGCUUUGCUUUGUUCAGCCCUUGCAUGGCAGCAAGCACAGUUUGAUAAGGUACAGCCGAAUGCAGCAUCCAGUUCGGCCGACUGUAAGAAACCAGAAGUGGUUACUCCAUGUCAAUGUGUGUGCCACAGCCAAAAAGCACACACAACCUUCAACAGAACAGCAUCUAAACCAAAUCUGGUGGAUCUUGCUGGUGAAGGUACUGCUGCUGAAGCUACAACCCCUCUGUCAAAAGGAGUCAAAAGUGACCAGCCUAAAAAGUCGACUUUGUCUUCCCGCCUCUCUGAGAAACUUCAAGCCUCUCUCUCCAAUGGAGAACAAGAUGAUGAUUUUAAGAUGGACAGGAAGCGCAUUCGUACACCAGGCACAGAGCAAAAAAACAGCAAGCGAAGAUGUCUCGAACGAGGAGUGAUUUACAUUGAUGAUGAUGAAGAGGAGGAUGAUCUGGGCAGACCCGUGCCUGGGACUCAGAGUUGGACCAUGGAAUUGAACAGUGGUGCCAAAGCUGCCAGCUGCCAGUCGCAGCCACAGUGUUGUUCUCCCGUGUCUUGUUCUCUCUGUCCUUGCGCCAACCGCAAAGCAGGACAGAAACUGCUUGAAAAGUCCAAGGACAAUGAGAAAGACAAAGAGGGAAGCGAGAGGAAAAAAAUCCCAAAGAUCUUCUUCGGCACUCGUACUCAUAAGCAGAUCACACAGAUCGCAAGGGAGCUGAAACGGACGCUUUACUCCACGGUGCCCAUGACAAUACUGUCCAGCCGAGACCACACCUGUGUCCACCCCGAAGUGGUACCUCAUGCCAACCGCAACGAGCGCUGCAGGGAGCUGCUGGAGGCCCAGAACGGUCUGUCAUGCCGGUACUACCACAAUGUGCAUAAAAUGCGUGAUCAGAGCUCUUUACAGUGGGUUCAUGGGCUAAACCAGGCCUGGGACAUUGAGGAUCUGGUGCGUCUUGGUGGCAAGCUGCGGUCCUGUGCUUACUACGCAGCUCGGGAUCUCAUGCAAGAGGCCUGCAUUGUGUUCUGUCCUUACAACUACCUGCUGGACCCCCUUAUUCGUGAGAGCAUGGAAAUCAAUCUGAAGGAGCAGAUUGUGGUGCUGGACGAGGCUCAUAACAUAGAGGAUUGUGCCCGUGAGAGUGCCAGUUUCACCCUGAAUCAAGCUCAGCUGUUGCUGGCACGUGAUGAGAUCGACGGAAUGGUGACGCUUAACAUACGGCGUGAUCAACACAAGCCACUGCUUGCAUUCUGCUGCAGCCUUGCCAACUGGGUGCAGGAAAGCUGCGAUGGCUUGGAGGAGCGUGAAUUUGAGUCUUCAUGUAAGGUCUGGUCAGGCACGGAGGUUCUUGGCAUCUUCCAUGGCCUUGGCAUCACAGCAGACAUCUUCUCUUUGCUACAGAAAAACCUGGCAGCGGUGCUAGAGAAGGAGGAGCGAAUAGGGAUAGUGAACGGGAGAGAAGACACGGUGCAGGUUCCCACCAUCAGCUCCAAUACUCAGUCAAUGCUCAAAAGCCUCUUUAUGGUGCUGGAAUUUCUUUUCAGGCAAAAUUGCAGGUUUGCAGAUGAUUACCGAGUGGCUCUCCAGCAGAGCUACAUGUGGACAACCCAGCAGGACCUGCCCGAUGCUCAGGGCUUUUUUGCACGACCCCAGCGUCGCCGACAGAGCACCCGCACCAAAACUCUGGUGCACACCCUGAGCUUUUGGUGCCUCAAUCCUGCUGUGGCAUUUUCAGACCUGAGCGAUUCAGUGCGGACUAUCGUGCUAACUUCGGGCACCCUCUCUCCCAUGGGCUCCUUUUCCUCUGAACUUGGCAUCAAAUUCUCUAUCCAGCUGGAGGCCAAUCACGUUAUCAACAAGUCACAGGUCUGGGUCGGUACAGUUGGUGCAGGGCCUCAGGGUCGUAAACUUUGUGCCACAUUUCAGCAUGCAGAGACAUUUGCCUUCCAAGAUGAAGUAGGGGCCCUGCUUUUGAAAGUGUGCCACACAGUGAGUCGAGGGGUUCUCUGCUUCCUGCCAUCCUACAAGAUGUUGGAUAAACUGAGGGACCGCUGGAUGAACACAGGUCUGUGGGAAAAGCUUGAGGAGCGAAAGACUGUGAUCACUGAGCCACGUGGUGGUGGCAAGGGUGAUUUUGAUGCGCUUCUGCAGACCUACUAUGAGGCCAUCAGAGGAACAGCAUCCAACUGUGAAAACAGAGAUGGAGCGCUGCUGGUAGCUGUUUGCAGAGGGAAGGUGAGCGAGGGCUUAGACUUCACCGAUGACAAUGCCAGAGCAGUGGUCACUAUUGGUAUCCCAUUCCCUAAUAUCAAGGAUUUGCAGGUUGAACUAAAGAUGAAAUAUAAUGACAAGCAUGCCAAGUCCCGAGGGCUUCUGCCUGGUGGGCGCUGGUACGAGAUUCAAGCAUAUCGGGCACUAAACCAGGCACUCGGAAGGUGUAUUCGACAUCGAAAUGACUGGGGGGCACUUAUACUGGUGGACGACCGGUUUAAGACGAACCCAAACAAAUACAUCACAGGCCUGUCAAAAUGGGUGCGUCAGCUAGUGAGGCACCAUGACACCUUCACUGGCGCCAUGCUGUCCCUGGAGUCCUUUUCUCAAGGCCAGCGGGGGGCAGUAGAGACCUUCGAAGAAACACAAUCUCAGGCUGUCACUCAAUACCCCAGCCCUUCCAAUGUUACCUCUCCCCCUCCUGAGAUAAUCACCCCCAACAAGCAAUUUGACCCUCAGCCUGCACCACUAAACCUACACACCGAGAUGCAGGCAGCCAACUCUGAGAGCAGGUCUUCUGAGUCAGGUGACCAAAAGUGUAUACAGCAUCCAUCUGAACCUACCAUAUUGCCUAGCAGAAAACGUAAUGUCCACAGAACAGUAUGGCCUACAGACCAUCUAUUCACCUCCUCUCCAGUCAGUAGCCAAUUCAAGACUUCUAUUUUUCAAAUCGAGCAGGGUGCAAAUUCAGUGAACAACAAACAACUUCAGCAGGGACUUAUUCCUGCGCUUUCUGUGACACCAAAGAACCAAAUAAAUGGCGCUCCUGACCUAAAUGACAGCUCAUUGGAACCUCAGCUUGAGCAGCUCUUUGUGAUCCCUAGCUCUACGUUGAAGCUGAACACCAGUGGAAUGGACCUUGAUGACACUGAAGAGGGUGAACAAAGUAUCUUCUACAGCCCUGAGCUGUUUGAAGGAGACGGGGAAGAGAAGGAAGAGUCUACUGAGGUGGAAAGAUCUCCUGCAGAAGUCAGCCAUCCUGCUAGCAGCACAGCCAGCAUUCUUUUGGACGAUCUGUUUGGUUUAGAGCAGGGAAAGAGGACACUCUCCAAAGACAUUGUGAACAGCACUGUCCCAGACAACACAUUAUUAAAGGGUUGUGUAGAGCAGAAAGAAUCAUACUGUAGUGCAGACUUUGAGAAUGUGUCUGCCUCACAAAAUGACGCCAACAGUAGUCGGUCACGUAGACUCUCCAGAUCUAGGCAGAAAAGGCCAAGCACAUCAGCAGCAUCAGGUAAACUCACCAACUAUUUUAAAAUUGUGCCCCCAACCAGCCAACCAUGCAUCAUCACAGUUGAUGACUGAUAAUGUUCAACUUUGUGUUAUUUUGUACACUUAUUUGGUGCAAUAAUGUGUAUUUUAUCCGAACCACAAAAACAAAACACAUGGCCGCUGAUUUGUCUUUAAUAUGUUCCCAAACGCAUAUCUUUUAUAAGAAUUGUAUCUUUUAUAAGAAUUAUUAAAAAUAAGUGACAAGUGCA